AGGGGAUGUGUCCGCGGGUGACGCAAAGUGUGUAUCUGUCGGUAGGAUACAUAAAGAUGAGGGCUCAAGCAAGUGUAAGCAAUUGGUCUUUUUGUUCCUUUGCAGGUUUUGAAUUUCAUUUAACCCUUUUCAGUGCUGUGAACUGGACAUUUCAUAUUUGUUAAAAACCUUACCAUUCGGUUAUGGGCAGAAAUGUCUUCGCCGAUUUAAGAGCCCUUUUAACACUUUCACUGUCAACCCCGACUUUAUUCAUCACGCGCAAAUAUAUCUGUAAUCAUUAUGUUUAGUGUUUCUCCACGUACCAUCAGUGAACAUGUUCAUGUUACACAUUUUCUGAAUUUGUAUCGACUGUGUUGGAUGCGAGGCAGCGCUGACUAUGAAUAGUGCAAUGUAAUGUCAUAUACUUCUGUACAAAUGCAUCGAUGUUUCGGAGGAAUAUACUGCUUCCAUCUUCAGGGUGAAAGAAUAAGUCAGUGUACAGAAGGGCUGGCAGGACCUGAAGAUGGCUUUCGUGUAUGCUGAUUUCCAUAUUCGUCGUUAUAUCGGCGUCUCGGUUUGGGGUUGAAAUAAUUCUGCUAACACAUCCGUCUACGGCAGGAAAGGCAAAUGGGAGGACAUGAAACGAAGAGUGUGGUAUGGAGGGAGAUCUGUUCCUUCUAGAGACGCUUCUUUGCCGUUGUGACCAAAGACACGCAUCCUAUGACGAGAGAAAUAUAUUUGAGUGAAAAAUAGAAAAACGUGAACACCGCCAUGACGCUCAUCAGGUUAUGGCCGCCUCUUUUAUUAUGGUGCUGAAAGGCCUUGACAGAGAGCAGCUAACAAAAUAUGAAUUUUUAUAAAGGGGUUAAAUUAAUGUUUCCUUGAAUUCUGAAAGAUAGACAUAAUUAUAAAUCUAUCAAAGCCUAAUGUUUGGGAUUAAGUUUCGAUCGUGGAUGGAGACGCACAUUGUGCGGCCGAGGAAGAAACAGCAGCAACAACAGCAGCGCUGCAAAGAAGGGAGUGGCAGCAAAGGGAAACCAAGCGGAAAGGCCGUGCCGGAAAGACCAUUGUUGGACUCCGCGGGGAAUUCCCCUACAAGUCCCCUUAUAGCUAAAAAGGAUGAACCUCAGAAAAACCAACACGUGUUGCGAUGUGGACAUGGUUGCCCUGACGACCGUUGCACUGCGGGUGGAGCUCCUUCAUGCAGUAAAGGUAUGGAGAAGAUAUCCCUUCCGCCCCACCAUCAACAUCACCACCUCCAUCACGGCUACAUGGGCAACAACCUGUCAUCACCCGAGUCAGCGUACUCCACCGGCUACUCGACUGAUGGCACCUCCCCUGGCGCCUCGUUCCCCCCUGAGUACUACAUCAACAUCCGCACCGGCACCCAUUACUUCCACUCUGCAGCCACUACCCCGACUGCCCCUUGUAACCCAAUGCCUGUCCAGGUCCAGAGGCACUUGGCUAACGGCCACGUUAGGGAGGAGGUUUCUAGGGACCCCAGGAAUGGAUGUCUGGUCGAGGUGGAGAUAGUGAGCGCCUCUGCAGAAGCUUUUGAAGGAAGGCGCAUCAAGCAUGCAUCUACACCUAAGAUUAUGCUGGCUCCGGAACCCUGCAGGGCCCGCCCUCACAGCCACAGGAGGACAGAAUCUUGUGAUGAGAGCAGGCGUCACCCAGCAUCCAUCAGGACAAGUUUUGCUCAACUCGAUGACACUUCUCCUCCUUCAACUGGUCCCAGCACUUCCCUCGAUGUCAGCCGUAUCCCCUGUAACACGAUCAACUCCUCGCCCUCUCCUCAAAAUAUCACCCAACUGACAGCUUCCCCACGACAACGGAACCGUAUCAGAACCAAUCCUUGGGUCCCUUCCAGUACUCCUUCGAACUCUUCCGCGAUUGGCACGAACAGCUCAACUUCAAGCAGUGGCUUCAAAACGAGGGCUGUGCAGGCUGAAAUGGGUGAAUCUUCCACCAACUUGAGCUCCUGCUCCUCGGGUGCGGGAUGUAAACACACUCAGACAAGGCAGGGCGAGUCCUCCUCUUCUUAUGGAAGCGGAAGUGACGUAACGAUACCCCGGAAAAAGCUGGUACAGUCACUGGCCAUGACCAAAGAUGAUGGUCACACUUCAGAGGAAAAUGUCAGGAGUCCGCAUCUCCGUGGGUGGUGUCAUACACCUCCUGGCGAUAGCAAUGCUUCUGGUGGCGAUUCUACAGGCAAACAUCACCGUGGAAGCGUUUGUUCUUCUUCUUCAUCAUCUUCAACUUCCAAUACGGCCAAUAACUAUUCCCACAGCAACAGCAGUGACCUCUCUGAUGAUGACCUAACCUUAAAUGAAAUGUUGGGAAAAUACGAUGAAAGUUAUGUAUACGAGAAAGAAACAGAUAUUUUAAGUGACAGUGACCCAACAGACUGUGAAGAAGAUUAUGGUGAAACAGACUGUGAUGCAGGACAGGAUGGCGGUGAUGAAAGAGAUCCUCAGGACGAUGAGGAGUUAGACUUCAUUGAUAACGGCUCGUACUUAGAACUAAGUCCUGUGGAUCUGGACGAUGGUAUUGAAAAAUCUUCAAGUUCUGCAAAAGGAAUUGUUAAUAAAGGUCAUUGUACUUACCAUCUGCCCCAUUCUGGAGCAGAAUUCCAACGUAAGCCAACUAUGCGAUUUCGUGAGUCAUUCAUGAGACGCUCAAGCGGUCGUCGCCAUCUUGUUAAGGAUGAAAAUGCAAAUGGAAGCCCAGGACCAUCUUCCAGAAGAGCUAGUGUAAGAAAGUUUAGUAACGAGGAAGUACUCAGCAGAAGAAGUUCGAGAGAUGGGAGUAGACAUAGGAAGCAUCAUGAGCCAGUUGCAGCAGCAAACAGCACAGUUAGUGGCAAUCCAUCUUCAAGAUCUUCCACCGAGAAGAAAAAGAUGCGCUGUUCAAUGCGCAGAAGCUGUAGCGUUAGAGGUGGAACAAAUAGAUCUGUUCUUCUUGCUUCAAAUAACAACGGAGUAACAUUUAACUCUAAAGAGAAAAUCAGCAUCGUCGAAGCUGAAAAUUCAGGUGUAUAUAAUUUAAACCGUAUAUUAAUGCAAAAGAUGCUGUUUCGUGUCAGUGAGAGUGGAACAAGAAGCGCUGGUAAUACCCCUGUUUCUAUGAGAAAGAAGAUUGUAAAUGAUGAAGUUACAGAAGUCAGGAAGAAAGUUCUGUCACCUUCAAGAGUAAGGCCACAUACUGAAAGUAACAGACUCCAUUUAGCUGCAAAUAACAAUCAUAAUAAUAGGGACUUACAGAUGUCCCCCAGCAUGGCUGAUGCCUUGAUGAAAAAGCGUUCUUACUCUGUUAGUUGUGGUGCCAGGACCUCAGUUCCAACAUCUUCAUAUUUAACGACAUUUUCAUCAGAAAUAGCCCUGAUAGAAGCUGAUAAAGAAGCUGAUCGUAAAUACAAGGAACUUAUAUUAGAAGCAGAGCAUAUUUUAGUUAGUAUGAAGGGUAAUUCUGAAAAAUGUCUGAGUUUUCAUGCACCAACACCACCGCCACGUAUAUGUAAGGGCAGAUCUGACAGAUCCAUAAAUGAAAAUGAAAAUGAAAUUACCGAAACUGAAGAACAUUUUGAUUUAGAAAAGUCUGCUGAAGAUGAAAACAAUGUAAUCAAAAAACCGGCUUUUAUUAGGAAGGCGUUCAAUUCCCCUAAUAGGAUUGUGGAUAGAAACCAGGGUACGACGAGAAAUGGGGAAGAUAUGAGGGGAGGUCAAUGUACUCCACCUUCACGGACUUGUAAUGAAGAGAAAAGACAGCGUGAAUUGGGAAGGAGAGGAUCAGGAUGUGCCCCAGAAGGUUUGGUACACGCCUCCAGUUCAUCUUCGAUGGACACAGAAGGUUCAGUCACCCCCAAACAAUCUCCAGACAAGUCCCCUGUCCAGCAACGGCCACCAUUGGUCACGUUCAGAUCCAUUGACCUCGGGCACGAGUUGGGAGGUCCUGGGUACUGUCCACAGAGUGAGCCUGUCAAGAGGAAGGUGUACACAUGCAGCGCGACCUUUGACCGUCUCCAGAAGACACUAGAGAAAAGCCAACACCAGGCAUCACUUCGUAUCAAAGCCGAAAUUGAAAGGAAGGACAGUGAUAAAGGUACAUCUGAAGGGGAUAGUCUCAGGGAGAAAUUGGAAAGGCUGCGACGGGAACGGCUGGAGGUGGAGGCCAAGGUACGGGAGGCUCAGGCAGAGGAACGACAGCGGCUGGAUGACAAGGCACAAUGCCAGCGUCAGCUCUCUCUCUUCAGGCGCCAGAUGUUGGUCCACACCAUCGAGGGACUCAAGAGGAGUUUAGAAGAUCAGUCUGCAAAACUGCAGGAAACUUACAGCCAGCAUGAACAGCAUCAUCCCUGUGAUGAUGAGAAUUUGUGUCGGAGACAUUCCACAAGUAGCUCAAACAGUACCAAGGUUCAACAAAAUAGUCAGGAUGCGACAGAGUAAGGUCACAGUACCUGCACUGAGAGACAUUUCAACACCAUCACCUUUCUGUCAAUUUUCUUCCAGUUCAUAUGAUAGGUCUGUGACCUGUUACCCGCCACCUUUAUGUAGUUGACUACAUUUUGUAUACUGUUUUUCCGUGAACAUGUUUUGGCAUCCAGAAGCUCUGGCCAGUUAUAACAAAUUCUUGGGAAACCCAUACUCCCAUGAAGUGACAUCAAUGCAAGUGAUGGACACAACUAGUUGACCUAGACCAGGAUUGCUCAGUUCACUUUGUGAGAGUUGCAUACGGCCUGUCAGUUGGUUUUAUGCAGCCCACAGCCGUAUCCUUCCGUACCUCAAAGUAUGCGUUAAUGAAUUGCUCCCAUUUUGUUAAAGCCAGUGGAUCUUGAAACUUAACGAAAAGUGCUGGGUAAAUAAAUACUGCCAUAAGAUAAUAUUGGUCUAACAAGUAUUUUAUAAAUUCAUUUUCUUGUAUGCCUAGAAAUUAAUGAUUAUAUCCCAAAUAAUUAAGACUAUUAGUUUGUCCAGUAUUCUGCCAUUAAUACAUAUCUUGUUUCUGAUUGCUUCUGUUCAUCUGAAAGCUAUAAUUUUGUUGUCAUUUCAUUAUGUAUUCAGGUGAAAAGUUCCAUGGCAGUGCUAUUCAAAUUGUAUACUGAUUUCUAUAUGUCAACUUUAUAUUUUGCCAGAAGAAUAUGAUUGUUUGCGAACAGCGUAGUGUUGAUGUUAAAAGUCCUGCAAAUAAAUGGUUUUAGUAAUUGAAAUACAGAACUGAAUAAUUCUUAAAAUUGUACAUGUCUUGUAGUUUUCAGCGCAUAUAGCAGUGCAGUAUGAGAACAUCUUGAGGCAUUUAGUAAAUGAAUUAUGAAACACUUACAAGAGCACCUCAAAUACAUGAGCAUACAGGCGUUUAGGGAUAUGGGAAACGUAAUGAAACAUUUGUACAUGUGAGGCUGAAAUGUUGAAUGAACUUUCUGAUGCUGCUAUUUAGUUAAAGAAACCUUUCUCCAUUAAAAAUGCGGUCAUCUUGAAUGUGAUGUCUUGUAAUUUGGUACAUACAUUCCUCCAAAACAUUGGUACCUAUCUACAAAACUACAUUGCAUUACAUUUCAGUAGACGGUAGUCUUUAAUAUUCAUUUCAGAAUUUCUUCUGUUAAAUUUCCAUAGUAGUGUAUAAGACAAACCAAGCAUCUGCCCCCCAUGGAUUAAAAGGAAAAUAAGAAAAGAAGGGAAUUACCAAAUAUUAAUAAUAUAAAUUAAAAACUGUUAGACGAGCGAGUCUUUUAUCCUGAAUACUCUAGGGCGAUUAGUAAAAAUUGUCUUCAGCAGCUUAAAUAUAAGUUUGUAAGCAAAUCUUUUGGCUGCCCCUUUUGAAAAUAGGCUCCCUUCUGGGAAACUGGUUCCCCCCCCCCUUAUAACUGGCUGUUUCCUCAGAAAAAAUCCUAGUGGCGCUAAUGCUGUCUAUUGACUACCAAAAGGACAUACACUUCCAAGAGCUCAUCAAAUGCAUGUGUAUAAUCAACAAUACUUUGAUGCUUAUUCUUCCAGACCUGUUAGUAUAGAUGUGAAAUUAGAUAAAAGGUUUACAGGGUAGAAAAAUAAUCUGUCACAUAGACUAGUACAUGUUAUACAUUAUUGUAGAUCUUAACAUACUUUUCCUCCAUUUAGUCAUUUUAGAAUGUAGCCUCCAUGUUGUCUCUUCAAAACUAAUAUUUCAGUUCAAACCCAAAUUUUGAGCAAAUAUUCAGUCGACAUCAAUGUAUACAGCCAAUAAAAGCAUUAUCAAAUUUGGAAAUCUGAUGUUAUUAGAACACUCUAGUGUAGAUAAUUAGAUGAAAAAUGUUACUUUCAAUGUGUUGUCUGAACACCAGUGUUCUCAUCUUUGUUCUAGUGUUAAUGAGCAUUUAAUAUUGUGUAAUGAUUCAUUAUUACCUCUAGAUAUUACAGAGAUUGAAAAGUACACAUAGAAAUUAGUUAUACUUUCCCAAGAAUGAGCAGAUAUAUACAAUAUAUAAACUGUAUGGUCACAGCAAUUAUAAAAUAUGGCAAAUUCAAUAUGACUACACUUGCAAGAAAGGUUUAUGGCAGGUCAUGAUUGGUACUGCAGCUGGACAUGAAAUGGUUAGGCAAGAAGAUGUUAAUUAAUAUUUCAGUAAUCCGUAUUAAGUAUUGGUUUAAUAUACACAUGACAAAAAAAAAGACACAGAAAUUAUUACAUUUCUGAAAUUAUUUAAUAAUAGCAAUUUUUUAAAUAAAAUUCAUAUUUGUAUUUAAAAUAAUUAUUUCAGCAUAUUCAGGUAUGCUACACCUCAUAGUCACAAUAUAAAGGAUGUGAAAAGGCUGUUGCGUAUUGAAGAAUUUUAAAAACAUAAUGUGACUAUAAAUUAUUGUUUAUAAAUGAAACUCUGACAUUUUGUGGGGGAUGAUUUAUGAAUGCGUGCUUGUCUAAAGGUUUGUGGCAAGAGAUGAUUUAUUAUGCAAAUAUUAUGUGGAGUAUCUUUGAUAUACACAAUAUUUUCUAAACUGGAUCCAUUUCUGUCAGUAUAUAGGAGAAGAAGGGAUAUUGCUCUGUUGGUACCCUUAGAAGGAAAUAGUUUCCAGCACCAGACUGGCAUCCAGUGAUGGUUUUCUGCCUUACACAUUAUGACAACUGAACCAGUGUCUGAAAUAUUGUGUUUAUUAAAUGAAUCCCAGACAUGAACAGUAUUCAACAUAAAAUGUCUAUUUUAUGUGUUACUGAGAUCAUUGUCAUUAACACUUUCAAUGAUAGCCUUUCAAUGUCAACACUAAAGGCGAAGUCAUUAGUUCAUGGAGAUAACAGUUUUGAACAGAAGUGAAACAUAUGCAACGCUGUGUUAUGUGUCAAUGUGAAAUGGACACUUUAAAAGUGUGUGAAGUGUGGGACAAAUUAUGUAUAUAACUGGUAAAAGUAAAUCUGUUCACUAUUGAUGAUUCUCAAUGCAAUGUAUUGAUUAUGUCAGAGAAAUGUCUUACAAUUAGCAUUCUUAAAUAAUUGUUUUAUUGUUGGAAUGUAAAAGCUAGUCUUCAAUUUUAACAACAUACUCAAGUUGUUGAAUUGUCUCUGAUCUUACAUACUCUACUGGAAAAAUACAAUUCGUCCCAAGGGAAGUGUUUGUAUAAUUUUGUGUCUUGAAAGAGUGAUUGAGCUGUGAAAUUAGUUAUUAAUUUGUUUUAUUUACUUGUUGUUUAAUGUUAUUGUUUCUGUGAAAGCACAAAAUUAAGAUUUAUAUAUGAACAAAAUGUUCUGUAUGUAAUUAACAAUGACAUAUGUUUUGCAACUUCUUUCAUUUGACAGUAAUUAUCUUUAAUAAUAUCUCCUUUCAGACCCAAGAGUUCAUGAAUUGGUAAAUUUUUAAGUGAGUGGUUAUUUCCUUAACUAUAAAAUGUGGACAUGACAUGAAAGUAGUGAAACACCUGAAUCCUAUGAAAACUGAAACAUCUGUUUUCCUACUUUGUCUUCUUAUCCACCUUCAGUUGCAUUCCUGUGGCAGAAACUAGUACUAAAAGUUGCUUAUGUAAUCAAGAGACCUAUAUGUUAUUGUGGUAAGGAAUUCAAACCCCUGGGUGUUGGAGUGUGACAUGAAAUAAACACUAUCCUUCACAGAGCAGUUAUGUGUACAGGGUCUGAAAGGGUUAUUUAAUAAACAGUAAUGUACAAGCUGUUUCAAAAUGAGCUUUGUGGUGGAAAUUUUCGCCAUUUUGAAAAGAGACUGAAACUUCACUUCCCUCUCUUAUUAUUUGAAACUUAUGUCCACACUACAAUUCCAAAUGGACAUAUUCCUUCAACUAGAUCAGGGAUGGCUUAUCACUGGCACCAAAUUGAGGCUUGUCUGUUUCUGAUUGUUACAGAUUUUAUGAAUAUGGACAUUUGAAUUCAGUAAUUUAAUACACUCAUGACACACUUUGGCUCUAACUUUAUAUUUCCAGUCCAAACCAGAAAAUAAAUGUUUACUAAGGAAAAAAAUAUGGAACUUAAUGUUGUAUUCCCUAUUUGACAUUGUUUAUUACCUAAUAUUUUUAUCGGAGGUAUACAUGAAAUCAGAUGUAAGACGCUGGAAGUUCAAAGAAAUCAAACACAAGCUAAUAUCUGAAGAAAUGUCGAAGUAUGGGUACCAGCAGAGAUCACAUUAACUCAAGCAGAGAGAUGAUGUAAAUGUGGGAAUGGUUAACAUCACAUUGUAACUGUAGGGUAAAUUUGAUACCAAGCAGCAAAAGUUUCACCAUCCCUGAUUUAGGCUACAGCAAGAGUGCUUUACAAUUUGAAUAUAUGGGACACCCAUGUAAAGCAACCUACUUAAAGUGAAUCAUCAUUUAAUGAACUCUCAAUACUUAUAAUGUCAUAUACUACAAACCAGCAGCUGUAAACAUUUUGAAGAAGAUACAUAUUUUUCUAAUUUGUUCAAAUUUUCUCCUGGAAUGUGAACUUUUCUGACACCUUCUGAACUGGCCAUUUUGCAUUGGUCUCCUGAAUAAGUGCCCCAUUUUAUGUUCGAUUAAAGAGAUGGGAGACAGUUAGAGGGGACUGAUAAGGAAAUGCACAUUAUCAGUUUAACCACCUUAUUUUUCCUUGCAUUUUUAUACAUUUGUAUUAAAUAUGUUGUAAAUGAAAAACUGCAAAAUUACUAUGGUGUAACUUACAUGGAGAUGUUGAAAAGUCCAUUUUUGUCACAAAAAAAAAUAUGUUGCAUGGUGUAAGUGUCUACUCUUUUAGCACUGAAUAAACCAAUACAUGUAGUUGACACUUAGCUUACUAGAGAGCAGCACCAAUGUGGGAAUGAUACAAAAUGGUCAUCUUACCUGGGUGGGACAUUUUACAUGGGUCUCCCCUACUAAUCUCAGAUCUGAUUCAGUUCCUAUCAUUUUGCAUUUAUAGCUGUAUGAAGGUUUUUACAGCAAUGAUUAUUAAGAUUCUGGUCGUCUGGGACGUGACACUUUGCAGUUUGAUAGCUAAGUACCAAUGUUUCAGAGUAACCUAUGUACUAAAGUACCUAGUGUUGCAUCACAGAAGGCAGUAGUCUUAUGAUAACUGUUCUGAAGUCCUUAAGUGGACCACAAAUAUAAUUUAUUAAGGGAUGUGAGACAGUUGAAGUUGAUAACAAAGGAAAAGAGAGUAGAUCAACAGACAUUUUUAUAUAAACCAAAGAUUGUUAUCUAAAGAUUUCAUAUUGUUAUCAGCUUCUGAAAUGAGAACUGAAACAAAGAUGCAAGUAUAUUUUCAAAGUCUGAUUUAAUACAGUGAUAUCUGUCAUUUUCAAUUGUGAACGUAUAUGAAACAUAAUGAUAAAAUACAAUCUUUGAUUGUAAUAUAUUAUGAUUAAGUCUGAGGUUAUAACCAUUGAAAACAUUUUGUCCAUUAUAUUCUUGUAUGGAGUUACAUUGUAGGAUUGAAUUUCUGCAAACUCUGUGUCUCAUGUGCUACAUGAAAUGGCUCACAACAUAAUCAUAUGUUAGUAUUUUUUCAUUUCCAUAACAUUCAACAAAUUUUGAAAGCGAUUUUGCCAGUGUUUGAAUGUAGUGAAGUCUCUCUCAUUUGUUGCAUUUUGAAUUGAUCGGGAGUGAUAGUAUAUAAUUUAGAAUAUAGAAAUACAAGUACUUAAAAGUAAUCUGUAGAUUCAUUGACUUAAAUAUUCUGUUUCAUUUCUGCAGUGAACUAUUCUUCCGAUUACUUCCUGCAUUAUAAUUAUCUUCUUCAUUAAACAUAUCUUCCUUGCUCUGAAAUUGCCCAAAUUCUGGCUCAGAGAUGAAAUCUGGUCUUGUCUAUUAUGCAUCUCAGGAAGUGGUGAUGGAUGAGGAUGGGGUAAUGGUGGAACGAUGAUAAGCAGGUAAAAACCAAAGAAACUUGGAGAAAAAUCUGCCCCAAUGCCAGUUUGUCCACCACAAAUAUCACAUGAAGUCACCUGGGAUUCAACCUGAAACUCCAUGGUGAGAAGCCUGAGUUUGUUUCCUAAAAGACACAUGAUGUCUGUCCAAAUUAUAUACUUUUCCUUAAAGUAAUAGUAACAUUGCCAAGAUCUUGAUAUUAUCUACACUUCUUUUUGCUAUGAUAAAAUGUUAAUUGGUAUGAUGACUAUUGUUUGAAUGUAAUAAUUAUUUCUAUCAUAAAUAUGUGAUAAUUCUGUUUAGGAAAUUCAUGUUCUAUGCUGCAAGAUUAUUAUUUUAACUUAGAAUCAGAAAAUAUGUGUUUUGAACAAUAUGGUGGCUUCAUGUUACCUCAUUGGGUCACAAGAAAUUGUAAUUAUUUUAUCUCUGGAGUAAACUUGUUUUUAAACUGCCAUACUAGACCUGAAAUGAAACAAUAGCAUUUAGUAUAAUUCAUGCCCCAAAUCUUUAUCUUCUUUGAAAAUAUAAGUCAAUGAAAUGUAGUCACAUUAUACAGUGUUAAACUAAAUCUAAACAAGAAUGACUAGAAACCUGAUACAGUAAUUAGCAUUUGCUUACCAAAGUAUUAAUGUGUUAACAUAAAGUAAUAGAAAACCACAGUAAUGUGGUAGUUAAUAGUGACACUAAAUACUGAAAACUGCAAGUUCAGUGCACAGGAUUAAAGUCUCUGCCUUUCUACUGGAGAGAAUCAAGUGACCAGUAUUGUACAUUUCUUAACUCAUGAAAGUCUUCUGUUUCAGUUUAACAGGAUGUUAAUUUUGAACAAUGUAAGUUCAUUUUGUGAAUAAUGAAUAAAUUCAGGUAAUGAACUUGUAGUAAUAAGGCAUAUUUUGACACUUCUGCAAAUAAUUGAAAUAUAUUCAUGAACAAAAAGUUAAGAUUUUUGUAGUGUAGUCCCAGCAUCAAUGUAUGGAUGCCAUCUGAAUUUGAAUAUAUUACUGGAGUUGUCAUGAAGACUAAUAAUAUUUAUAGGUUUGUGUCUACAAAUAUUACAUUUUUUUUUCUGUAGAGAAAUAUUUAAUUCAUGUAUGAAAGAUAUUUAAUAUGUGAUUUUAAUAUAUUCAUUUCAGUAUAGAAUUCAAACAUUUGAGUGGAAGAAAUGAAACAAUACAAGUCAUCUUUUACUCUCCAGAAAUAGUUAUUUUCACAAUAUUGUUAAUUUAUAAAUAUUUAAUACAAUUGUAACAAAUUGUAAAAAUGUCAGUUUUAGGACAUGUCAGCUAAGUGCACACAGAAUAUGAAGCAUAAGUUUUUAAGGAGUGUACAGUAAUUUUAGAUCUGUAACAUUUGUUAUGUCAAUUUGAAAACCUCAUUAUUUAUGUUCUGUGAGCAUAACCGACCACUACUGAUGCCUGGAAACACACUUAAACUGUGUGUAAUAAGGAAGAUGAUGACUAAAAGCAGUGAUCUUUAUAAUAUAAGGAACCAAAGCCAUUAUUACCUAUUGAAUGUUUCCACUACAGUGAAUUAUCUGGAUGACAAAGUCUUAUUUCAUCUUUCCCUGUUCACUUCUGUAUAACAGCUCCUACUUGAUAUCCCCACCUUAUUUUUGGUUUCCAAAGUUGCUAUUUCUGAAUGUAAUUUGUAAUUCUGUCAGAGGAAUUGUAAUGUCAUCCAUGUCUAAGAACUGCCUGUACUACUAUAUCCUUAACAUGACACAGUUUUCUUAUAAUUCUAGUGUUUCUGCUUUAAGAAUUAGUCUUUAUUCACUCUUCUUUGUUUCUUCUCUUCACUUAUAAGUUCCCUGACUUCAUUUCCAGGAUGAGAAUACUUGUUUGGAUUUAAGGUGCAAUGGAAACUAAAGAACUCCAUGAUUUCAGUCUGCAAGCAAACUAUAGUGCAAUGGAAAAACCAAAAUAAAACACAAAUAUUUAAGUA